GAGGUGCCGCCCGAGCUGCAGUGCCCGCUCUCCUUCGAGGUCAUGUCAGACCCGGUCAUGAACGUCGCUGGCCAAACCUACGAGCGGUCGGCCAUCGAGAAGUGGUUCGCGAUGGGCCACCGAACCGACCCGAUGAGCGGCGCGGUGCUCGAAUCCACGUUCCUGGUGCCGAACGUGCUCGUGCGUGGGAUG